UUCCGCAACCGUGGCAGGUGUCGGUGCCGUGAUGUGUGUACUGUGAAGUUUAGUGCCGAACUUUUUACUUCCAUCCAACUCAUAUCGGAUUGCACUUUGUGUUUCACCAUGGGCGAAUCAAUGCUGAAAGAGGAUCCGCUUUCGAGAAUCCAACGGGAGAUCAUAGAAGUAACGGAGAGGGAGCGUGAGUUCAAAGAGGGUCACUUUAGAAUUAAUAGACUCAUGUCCGAAUCAACGCUUGACAUGAGUAGUCAGAAUGGGCAUGUCAAUGGAAAUACUGAAAAAUCAAAAACUCUCAACAGAGCGGUCUCAACGUCGCAUCUUCUUGGGCCCAUCGCACCCUCUCCGCCGCCGACACCAACGGUUUUAAACACGAACGGCUACACUCGCCGAUUCACACCACAAACUGGAACUAAAGGAAUAAUGCAAAGGUUUAUAGCUAAUAAGGGCAAGUUACCAGCCUCAUCACCUGUUUCAACGACGCCUCCCGCUGCAAUAGCAGCUCCACUUGCACUCACUUCGGUCACCGUUGCGCCCCUCGUUGCUCCGGAUCCAGCUGUGAUCAACCGUACUCCUGAAGGAAAGCCUGUACGUAAAGGCUAUGUACCUGUAGAAGAGAAAAUUCAGAAGGAACUAAGAGAAAUGAAAGAUAGGGAGCACGAACUAAAGAAAAUGAGGAAGAAACAAAAACCGUUCGAUAUUGAGUUGAGUGACAAUGAGACUACUUCAGAGUCGGAGGAUGAGGAAAUUCCUAUGCCUGGGAAAUUGAAAGCUACUAAAUCUAUAGGUGAAUUAUACGAGGCCCUUAAUGAAGACCUAAGAUCUCCAUCUCCAAGAAAUAGUUCCGGACACGAAUCCUUGGGUAGUUUAAAACCGGCCAAAUCAUUGGCGGAACUAUGUGACCUCGGGCCCGGCCAAGAGUUCCUGGCACCGAGUUCGACACGCCUCAUAGCGCAAUGGGAGUCUAUUAUACAACAGAAGCAAGAAGCUGGAGCGGCCUAAACCUAACCUAAG